AUGAAGAAGUUUUUGAUGAGACUUGCCCAGCAAAUGGUUAGAAAAAUGCCUCGACCGGAUCGAGACGUCCUGAAAGAGCAGGAUAUAAAGACUAUCGACAUAAAAGACUAUCGUAAAAAGGGAAAACAACCUACCCAAGACAUUGUAAAAGGGAAAACCACCCAAGGCAUAAAGACUAUCGAAUGCUAUGACUAUCAACUAAUCAACAAAAUCAACAACAUGGACGACUCCAACAUGGACGACUCCAAACUGGACGACUCCAACCUGGCAGAAACAGAAAAAGAAUUUUUCAACAACAACUCCUGGAAGUUAAUAAAUUUUAUCUCAUUUCUUGAGAAACGUCAAGAAGUGGAUAAAAGAAUCCACCACCAGUGGAAGUGUGCACUGUACCGCAUAAUAACCGGUGCCAGUGCAAAUAAGUCAAAGUCAAGAGCCAAAAUUUUGUAA